CCUGUGCUAGCUCUCACCGCCUCCCACUAUCAGGCUCACAGAUGCUGACCACAAACCUCUCAUCAGCCGAGGAUCACUCCAGCUGAACCUCCAUGUCUCAUGCAGACUGAAAGCAGGACGUACUGAGCACAUCAAGUGAUUGGUGUUAUGUGAAAGGUCUUUUGCCAUGUUAAUAGCUCAUUCAUUAACUGAGUAGAGCUCCAGUAUUUUGGACAAACAGUGACUGACAGCCCUCAGAGUUAAAUUGAGAGUCCGAUAUGGGAAAAGUCUACAACGUCAGUAAAAAUGAGUGCCUUGGACUUGUUGUACUCGCAGUUAGCGCUUUGGCCACAAUAAUUGCUCUAUCCAUUGCUUAUGAUAAGCAAAGGGCCAAGAAUCAAGGCAAUCCUGGAGAUGAAGCAGAUACCAGUGGCACAUCUGUACCCCUGACGACACCUUUCACACCAAAGGAGCCCUGGGACUACUAUAGACUUCCAGACUCACUCAUCCCUGGCUCUUACAAUGUGACACUUUGGCCCCGACUGAAGCCCAACGCUGACGGCAUGUACAUCUUCACUGGACACUCUGCUGUGGUCUUCAGGUGUGAAAAGAAAACAGAUCUCAUAGUUAUCCAUGCCAACAAGCUGAACUUCACAACUUUCCUUGGUUACCAUGCUAAACUGAAUGGCCUGGGUGAAGCCGUUGCGCCUGCCAUACAUAUGACUUGGCUUGUGGUGAGGACCACGUAUCUUGUUAUUCUACUGAGAAGCAAACUAACAGCAGGAGAAUCCUAUGUGCUUUACACAGAAUUUAGAGGCGAGCUGGCAGAUGACCUGGAGGGCUUCUACAGGAGUGAAUACAUGGAUGACGGUGUAAAGAAAGUUGUUGCCACCUCUCAGAUGCAAGCAACUUAUGCCAGAAAAGCAUUUCCCUGCUUUGAUGAACCAGCCAUGAAAGCAGUAUUCAUUGUCACCAUCAUUCACGACCGAGGCACCGUGGCUCUCUCCAACAGCAAGGAAAUGGAUUCUUCAAACUCCACCCGCGAUAAUGUUCCUGUCACGGUUACUACAUUUGAGCCAACUGAGAGGAUGUCCACCUACCUGCUAGCAUUUAUCGUCUGUGAUUUUGACUCCAUUCAGUCAGACCACAGCAAUUUGUUGAUCCGAAUCUGGGCUCAAAGAAAAGCCAUAGGAGGUGGGCAGGGCAAUUAUGCUCUUAAUGUUACAGGGCCGAUUCUUCAGUUCUAUGAGAAAUACUACAAUACAACCUAUCCGCUCUCCAAGUCAGAUCAGAUAGCUCUUCCUGAUUUCAAUGCUGGAGCCAUGGAAAACUGGGGUCUGGUGACUUACAGGGAAACAGCCCUGCUAUAUGACCCCAUGCUUUCCUCCACAGGAAACAAAGAGAGGGUUGUUACUGUCAUCUCUCACGAGCUCGCUCACAUGUGGUUUGGAAACCUGGUGACUUUACAGUGGUGGAAUGACCUAUGGUUGAAUGAGGGCUUUGCUUCAUAUGUGGAAUACCUCGGAGUUGAUUACGUUGAGCCCACCUGGAAAAUUAAAGACCACAUCAUCCUGUAUGACGUACAGAAGGUAUUUGCCAUGGACGCCCUGGCCUCUUCCCACCCGUUGUCCCGCAAAGAAGAGGAGGUUAAUAAACCUGCAGAGAUCAGUGAGAUGUUCAACACCAUCUCUUACAGCAAGGGUGCAGCGGUGCUCAGGAUGCUGUCAGAGUUUCUCAGCGAGCCUGUGUUUGCCAAAGGACUCAGUUCUUACCUCAACACAUUUGCUUUUGGUAACACAGUACAUACAGACCUGUGGGAUCAUCUCCAACAGGCAGUUGAAAACACACCAGAUUUACAUAUUCCACACAAUGUACAUGACAUCAUGAACCGUUGGACUCUUCAAAUGGGCUUCCCAGUGGUCACCAUUGACACCAGAACAGGAAGGAUUGACCAGAAACACUUUCUGUUGGAUUCAGAUUCUACAGUUGAGAGGCCAUCCCAGUUCAAUUAUACCUGGUUUGUUCCAAUUAAAUGGAUGAAGAAUGGUGUGGAUCAGCAACAAUACUGGCUCCUGAAAGAAGCAGACACUCAUCCUCCGAUGAGAGUUUCAGGAGAUGAAUGGGUACUAGCAAACACAAACGUGUCUGGUUACUUCAGGGUUAACUAUGAUGUUGACAACUGGGAUCGUCUCCUCUCUCGGCUUAACACCAAUCACCAGGUUUUAUCUGUCAUGAAUCGAGCACAGAUCAUUGAUGAUGCAUUCAAUCUGGCAAGGGCAAAAAUAAUCCCUACAACAAUGGCUCUGAGAACUACUGAAUACCUGUCAAAAGAGAGAGACUAUAUCCCCUGGGCGUCAACACUGAGAAACCUCGAUUACUACAUUCUCAUGUUUGACCGCACUGAGGUCUACGGGGUUUUACAGGCAUACCUCAAGAAACAAAUCAAACCUCUUUUUGAGUACUUUGGAACGCUCACAGCAAACUGGACCAAAAUACCUGCAGGACACACAGACCAGUAUAAUCAGAUAAAUGCUAUUAGGAUAGCGUGUGUUGUGGGUGUGAAGGGCUGCAGGGAGCUGAUCAACAGCUGGUUCAGACAGUGGAUGGAAAAUCCAGAUCACAACCCGAUCCAUCCAAACUUGAAAGGCACGGUUUAUUGCAGUGCCAUAGCCCUUGGCGGUGUUGAAGAGUGGGACUUUGUCUGGCGAAUGUUUCAGAACACCUCUCUCGCAUCUGAAGCUUCCAGACUCAGGUCGGCUAUGGCCUGCACCAAAACACCAUGGCUAUUGAACAGGUAUCUGGCAUACACCCUUGACCCGACUAAGAUCCGCAAGCAAGAUGCCACCUCCACCAUCCAGUACAUCGCACACAAUGUUGUAGGAAUGCCGCUGGCUUGGAACUUUGUCAGAUCAAAAUGGAGCUAUAUCUUUCAACAGUAUGGAAGAGGAUCUUUUUCCUUCUCUUAUCUCAUCAAUGGAAUCACAUCGAGGUUUUCCACGGAGUUUGAGUUGCAGGAGCUAAAGAAUUUCAAAGAAGACAACCUCCAUGUUGGUUUUGGCUCAGCUACCAUGGCCCUGGAGCAAGCCAUUGAAAAGACGACAGCCAAUAUAAAAUGGGUGACAGAAAACAAAGCUGAAGUACUCAAGUGGCUUGCUGAUGCGACUAGGGGAGGAAUUUUUAGUUGAAACUCCUGCUUUUGUAUUGCCUGGAAUUUACAAUGUUUGACAGAAGCAAUAAUAGAAGUCAAGUAAAGUGCAAAAAAGCAUCACAGUUGUGAUGCAAUAAUAGCUUCAAUUGAAAGAAGCAGAGAGCGACUACUUGCCUUUUAUUAGAAGCUUACACUGUAUAAUAAAGACUACUAUGAUGUAUGCAACGUACAAUAUACUGUAUAUUCAAUAAACAUGAUACACUGAUCUGGUUUUAGGAAUCAGCUGCUUCUGAGAUCAUUGAAUCUGAGAAUCUGACGCUACAUAUGGUUUAACCCUGGUGCUUUUAACGCUGAUGCUGAUUGGAAGCUGACUACCAGUCAUGCAAACUUUACUCUGAGAAUCUACUUUGUUCUCUAAAAAUAUAACAAAAAAGAAAUGAUGAAUAAAAAACAAGUUGCUGGC